GCGUGUUCGCGGCGGCCAGCCGGCGCCCCAAACUUCCGAGGCUGCCCGGCUCCUGGCGCACGUCACGGAGCGCGACCGGGCCGUGAGAGCGAGAGCAGCGCUGCGCCCCCGACGAGAAGGCGGAGGCGGCGGAGGGUCGGGGCCCCGGGGACCUUCGGGGCUUGAGGCAGCCUCGCGGACGAGGGCCGCCGGGGGGCCGGGCGAGGGCUGCUCCGCCUCCCCGCAGCCCCGGCCUCGUUCCCGGCGGAAGUGGCUCCCGUUGGCCCGGAUCCUGCUCUCGGCGCAACCAGCCGGGCUCCGUCGCAGCAACCCCGCGGAAACUUUCGGCGCUCGGCCUCCCCUUGCGCGGCGGGACGGAACCCGCGCUCGCCCGCCCGCCCGCCCGGAGGCUGCCCUUGACACUAGGACUCCGCAGGCGCCGGGAAGCGGCGACCGCCUCGCGCGAAGGACUUUCCUGCCCCGCUCUUUCGCAGCGCCCCUUUCCCCCUUUCUUUCCGCGGAAGAAACAGGAGACCCCUCGGACGAGGCUGGCGGGAUCCGCUCUGAAGGAGUCCGGAGCAAAAGGCACCUGCGGCCUUGAAGGGAUUUAACGCUCAGCUGGCGGAGCGGAAUCCCUGGAAGCGAGGAGAUCUAUUUGGAGAGCUGGGGGGGGGGGGCAAGAAAGUCACGUUGCUGCGUGGAAUCCUCCUGCCUUAUCGCCCUCCCAAGGCCUGCAAAGCAGCAAACUACUUCUUCUGGUUUCUAUUUCAUUUUCUUCCCUCCUGGCAAAAGACAUCAACAAGUCCUCUUGAACUCUCUGCUUGCCCUGUUGAAAUAGGAGGGGCUGUGCAUGUUUGUGUUAUUCUGAGGACUAAAGGCGUGACCCAUUCAGUUUUGGAUGGACUUGCGACUUUUAAUUUUUUCCCCACCCCUCUGGAGGGUUGUGGAUUUCGAAUCAGACCCAAAAGGCUUGCAAAACAUUUUCAAUCUGUAAUAACAACAGUAGGGUUUUUUCAGUUGUUCUUUUUUAAUUCUUCUUGAAGGUGUUUUUUCCCCAGCACCAUGAUCGUGUAUUACGCUGGAUUUACUUUCAGAUGAAAUUGAGCAAAAUUAUUUAAUUUUAAAAAUAUACAUACAUUUUGAAAGAUAAACUUUCCUUAGAAAAGCCCUAUCUUGGAUAUCACUCACCUAAUGGGAGACUGCUAACUUUUAUGGAUACCUCAGGUUUGGUUCACGAAUAACUUGUUUGCAAGAUAAAAUCAACACAGGACCGACAGUUUUCUAAAUUAUUCAUGGAUCUGACCAAGUCCUGUAUAACCUGAAAGGGGGGCAGGGGUUGACAAUGCUGUUUCCUUUGCCCUGAGCGGGUCACGCCUGCCGACUUGUUGGACCUGAUAAACCUCAGGACUGAUUCUGAAGAAAGAGACAAAUUGUUUUGGUUUUUUCCGGGAAAGUCUAUGAAACCCCUUUGAUUUCGCAAAAGUGUUUCAGAUUUUAAGGCACAUGGCAAGUGCUGUGCUUAAGUAGGGACUUAAGUAUUCAAGGAACAACGGCAGUGCUUGUGGUGAGGAGACCUUUUUGUGUCAGCAGCGGGUUGUGCCACAGUGAGCAGCCAUGGCAAUGAAAGCCAGAGCUCUCUACAGCUUCCGCAGCGAAAACAAGGAGGAGAUCAGCAUCGAGGAGAAUGAAGAGCUGGUCAUCUUCAGUGAGAACUCGUUGGACGGGUGGUUGCAGGGGACCAAUAGCCGUGGCGAGACAGGCCUCUUUCCCGCGUCCUACGUGGAGAUCCUUCGCUCCAGGACAGCCUCGACUUACUCAGACUAUUCCAGCAGCCCAGCCAGGUCCCCUGGAAAUGGCUCCUCCUGCUAUGGGACCCCGUCCAACACCAGUGUCUCCCACCAGGGCAGCUUCGAAGAUGACGAUGACGAUGACUGGGAUGAAUGGGAUGACAGCAGCACUGUGGUGGAGGAGCCCAGGAGCAGGCCUGGCACCAACGGGCACCCGUCCCCGCACCUGUCUUACCCUGGGCCGUACAAUAUGGGCUACCGGCCCAAGCCUUCCUUGGAGAGGCAGGACAGCAUUGGGUCUUCCAAGAGGGGCAGCGUGGUGGGGAGGAACCUCAACCGCUUCUCUUGCUUUGUCCGGUCUGGGGUGGAGGCCUUCAUCUUGGGCGAUGUCCCCAUGAUGUCUAAGAUCUCAGAGACCUACUAUAUUGACAUGGGCCCCAGUGGGCCCCAGUGGAGGCCCAGUCCGCACCCUCUGGUCUGCUCCGUGGAGGAUCCCACCAAACAGACCAAGUUCAAAGGCAUCAAGAGCUACAUCUCCUACCGGCUGACGCCCAGCAGCACCAACUCGCCAGUCUACCGGCGGUACAAACACUUUGACUGGCUGUACAACCGGCUGCUGCACAAGUUCACUGUCGUCUCUGUGCCCCACCUGCCCGAGAAGCAGGCCACGGGGCGCUUUGAGGAGGACUUCAUUGAGAAGCGCAAGCGGCGGCUGAUCUUGUGGAUGGACCACAUGACCAGCCACCCGACGCUGUCGCAGUACGAGGGCUUCCAGCACUUCCUCACCUGUGGCGAUGACAAGCAGUGGAAGCUGGGGAAGCGCCGGGCAGAGAAGGAUGAGAUGGUGGGCGCCAGCUUCCUGCUGACCCUCCAGAUCCCGACGGAGCACCAGGAUUUGCAGGACGUGGAGGACAGAGUGGACACGUUCAAGGCCUUCAGCAAGAAGAUGGACGACAGUGUGCUGCAGCUGACCAAUGUGGCUUCUGAGCUGGUGCGGAAGCACCUGGGCGGCUUCCGCAAAGAGUUCCAGAAGCUGGGUAACGCCUUUCAGGCUGUGAGCCAGUCCUUCCAGAUGGACCCUCCCUACAGCUUCAGUGCGCUCAACGGUGCCCUCUCGCACACGGGCAAGACCUAUGAGGCCGUGGGGGAGAUGUUUGCUGAGCAGCCCAAGAACGACCUGUUCCUCAUGCUGGACACACUUUCCUUGUACCAGGGGCUCCUCUCCAACUUCCCAGACAUCAUCCAUCUUCAGAAAGGUAAGUGCAGAGCGCGCAGCCAUCCAGGAGGGUGCUGCCAAGUGCACCUUAGGGGCAAAACACUGCUGGGGAGGAGGAGGCAACCGGUGUGGCUCGGGUGUUGCGUUCAACAACCGAGUGAGAGGCCGUCUGUAGUGGUGCCUCCUUGUAUAGAAACAAUGAAAAAACCCUCAAUACAUACAAUCUACUCUCCGUGGUGAGCAAGCAGGUUUGCCAAUCCAUAUCGAUGGCAGAGCAGAGACAGGACAUCUCCAAAUGAUGCUGGGCUCCAGCUACCCUCCCUUGACCACUGGCCAUGUUGACUGGGCCUGAUGUGAGUUAGAGUUCAGCAUCCUCUGCAUCCCUUGGAGUAAGCACGGAGUCUCAGGGUGUUGGUCCAAUAACAAGGGUGACAUAUUUAUUCCACUUAACUCUGCACCAGGCUGGGCUUCCUGUGGCCUCCCAGACAUUGCAGGUCUCACAACUCCACUCAGCAUCAGCCAGCUGGAGGGGGGUGGCAGCUGGAGUCUAGCAACAUCCAGCGGGGCAUAAGUUUCCUACAUAAGAUCCGCCCCCCCCCCCGGUAAAUUAGAAUUUGAACUUACUAGCUUCCCCCGGAGACAAUUCCUGAACCCAUCAGUAUUUCACAACCAGACUUCUUUCUUUUCUUUUCUUUUUUAAAAAGAAUUAUUUCUGCCUGAAAAAUAUUAGAAGCCUUUCCAUAGGAAAUGGGCCCUGGCUCCUUUGGGAUUUAACUGUUGGAACUGAUCCCACUUCUAAGUGUAGAAGCCAUUUGGGAGUUACAAGUGCCAUGGCAUUUAUUGCUUCCCUAAGGCCAGACAAUAAGUGAGAGGCUGAGAAUCCCAGGAAGCAUAAGCAAAGGAUUGUGGGUAUUUUUUGGACUCAUUCCCUUGAGGAAGGGGGACCAUUUUCACAAGGGACACUUCCUUUUAUCACACUUACACUAGGCGUGUCUGCUUGGAAGCAAGUCCCAAUGAAUCCAGUGCUUUUUUCUCACAAGCUCUUUCUUGUGUGUAGGUAGCCUUGUCAGGUUUUUUUGCACCACCUGCCUUGGUAAAUCUGCUCUGUGUUGGUUUGUUGCUGUGGAGCCUCUGCAACUGAUUGCCUAAGUUGGUUUGACAGCAUGCCAUGGUUGGAAGCCUUGCAGCUGCUCAUGCUGCAGUCUGGUUUCUGUGAAGGAAAGGGCCAUUGCUAGCUUGGCUGGGGUUAACACCCUCAUGCAGUCUCAAAAGACAGGGCAGCUUUGCAGAGCAGGACUGGGAGGCUAAGCGGGAAGAAACCCUGUGACAAGGAAGAGGAAGGAAGGGUGCAGAGUGAGAAGGGUCGAUGGAAGAAGAUUGGAAAAAAUUCAAAAUAUAUCUUCAAAAAUAUUGCAAUAUAAAAGACUGUUAGAAAGAUGUUGGAAAAAGAAAAUUAGGUCGUUUUGGUAGAUAUGAUACAAAGGAUUAAGUAAAAAUGAGUUGAUGAAAUUGAUGAAACAGAGGAUGUUUAACUACAUUAUUUUAAAUUACCGUAUUUUUCGCACCAUAGGGCGCACCGGACCAUAGGGCGCACCCAGUUUUUAGGGGGGGAAAUCAAGAAAAAAAAUCUUUCCCCCCCCCAGCCCCAAAGAGCAGCGUACAGGCUGCGCACAACCUCUCCCUGCCGGAGGGGUUGCGCGUGGCUAUGGCACAAGCCAAGGCAGCAAGCAGGAUGGAUCCCGCUCGCUGUUUUGGCUUCCUCUUUAGCCCCGCGCAACCUCUCCUUGCCGGGAGACGCUGUGCAGGGCUUCUCCUGGCUUUCCUGGGAGGUGGUUGGAUUUCCUCACCUCUCCCAAAAGCCCGCAGAAGCCGCGCACACUUUAAAAGGGCUGCACGGCUUCUCCUGGCUUUCCUGGGAGGUGGGGGGGAUUCCCUCACCUCUUCCAAAAGCCCGCAGAAGCCACGCAACCCCUUUAAAGAGAUCACGGCUUCUCCUGGCUUUUCUGGGAGGUGGGGGAAUUCCCCCACCUCCCGCAAAACUGGCAGAAGCCGCGCGCACUUUAAAAGGGCUGCACGGCUUCUCCUGGCUUUCCUGGGAGGUGGGGGGGAUUCCCUCACCUCUCCCAAAAGCCCGCAGAAGCAGCGCAACCCGUUUAAAGAGAUCACGGCUUCUCCUGGCUUUCCUGGGAGGUGGGGGGAUUCCCUCACCUCUCGCAAAAGCCCGCAGAAGCCGCGCAACCCCUUUAAAGAGAUCGCGGCUUCUCCUGGCUUUUCUGGGAGGUGGGAGAAGGGACUGAUGCGGCCAGUCAGUCCAUUCUCCCUCCUGUGGAAAAGCCCGCAAGAGCGCACGGAGCUUGUGUGCGGCUCUUGGGGGCUUUUCCCGCCUGCCUCCCCCCUGCAUUCGCUCCAUAGGACGCACAGACAUUUUCCCUUGCUUUUUAGGAGGGAAAAAGUGCGUCCUAUGGUGCGAAAAAUACGGUAAAAUACGCAAAUGAAAAUAAGGUUAGAAGGAUUUGCUGGAAAUACGAUCUGAACUAGAAUACAAAAUUGGGAGGUGAGAGGAGGUCAUGGAAAUAAGUUAAAGGGAAAAGGUUAUGUAAAGGUUUAAUCUGUUUUUGUUCUAUUUUAACUCAAUGCAUUUUUAUAUUUUUUGUUUUGUCUUCUUUUUUACUCUAUUUUAUUGUUCACUCUUUUCUUGUUACUUUUUGCUUUGUUAUGGUUAAAUUUUCUUUGUAUUUUGUAUUGUUUUUUUCCCCCCUGUAAUUUUAAACUUGGAAUAAAUAUCAUUUAAAAAAAAAAAAAGGAAGGGUGCAGAGGAUGCAUUGGGCUGAUGACACUUGUCGGACACUGACCACUACACAACCACCGGCUCACUACUUCAGUGGGUCUGCUCUGAGUAAAGCUGACUCAGUGUAGUUGACUACAUAGCAGAGCAAGACGUUGGGCACCAUCUUCGCUGCAGGAGUUGCUGAAGGAGGCAUCCUUCAGCCCUUAGAAUUAUUCGUGGCAAAGGCUUUCAAGGAUUAGAGCACCCUCCAUUGGACGCAGGAAUCAUUAUCUUCAAUACACACAGGAAAUCAUGGUAAACGGUUAAGGCAGGGAGGGGGAACCUGUGGUCCUUCAGGUAUUGCUGGACUACAACUCCCAGCUUGCAUGACCACUGACCAUCUGGCCUCUGGGGCUUUUGGGGGUUGACAUCCAGCAGCACCUGCAGGGUCACAGAUUUCCAGUCCUUGAAGCAGCGCUGAAAGGUGAUGAAACUCCUUUCAUCACCGUCUGUGAUGUUUCAGUACAAAGUUCAGCUGCAAGAUAAGCACCCUGACCUUCACUGCAGCCAUCACUGACAAUGACACCAUCUUCCUUGCUGUGGCAUUUUGGCAAUUUCACACCUGUAAGUGGGGACUUCCGGGGUGGCGCCAUCGGCAAUGGCGGACUCCCUCUGAAUUGGAGGGACUAGCUCCGCGCGAAACGGGUCUUUUCCGCUACGGCGAAGCGGGGACCCUUUUAAAAAUCACAGGCGGAUGAAGCCUGUGACCAUGGGACUCGGCGGGCACCCUUAGCGCCCCCCCCCAACCCGCAAAGGAACCCACUAACGGGCUCCGAGCGAAGAGGGGGAAGCGGCGCGGUGCUGUGAGUCAACUGCUAUUUCCGUGGAGCGAAGCUGCACAGCCGUUGCCGGAGAGCGCUGCCUUUUUCCUGGGACAAUUUGGCUUCUAAAAUAAGCACCCGUGAGUACUUAAACUUUGAACAAUUGGACUUUAAAUAAGGACUUGCGACCAGAAAGGAAUUGGACUUAAAAAUUUUAUUUCAAUUUGGUACUGAAACGGGAAGGUCUAAACAGGAAGUCAGCCUUCCGUUUCUUUGUAGACAGAAUAAAGCAAAGACAACGUAAACUAGAUUUCAGAAAAUCGCUUUUAAAGGAUUGGCUUUCAUCAUUUAAAACUGUUGAACCCCCCUUCGGCAGCAGGAGAAGAAGGGGGAUCUUUUCUGGACUGUUUAAACCUGCAGAAGUGAGUUUAAAGUAAAGUAACUUUCCAUCGUCCUGACCCUGGAGCGGGGUGUCAGGACUGACGUUUGAAGCUCAUUGACCAGAGACAAACGCUUUUGACAGAUAGCUAAAAGAAGAGAAACAUAGUGAUUCCAUUGUUUCCUUUUGCACCUUAGAGGAACAAAUAUCGACAAAAUAUCUGAAAAAAGGAAACUCUGUUGCUAGACUUGUCGUUAAAAGAAAGAUUAAAUAGAAGUUUUCCCCCUAGAGGGAGACUGUGAAACUGUAACCAACUCCUGGGAGCUGGCAGCUGUUACAGAUUACAAUCGUGGGAAUAGUCAUCUGACCUUCAGGACAAUGUAUUCAGAAGCUCUGUUGUGUGCUUUCUAUAAAACAAAUGCCCUACUGGAACAGCUACAUGAGAAGACGAAUUUGAUGGCUGAUUCGAUUAGAAAUUUCGAACAGGCAGUGGGAAAUUUUGAACAGGCAGUGGGAAAAUAUGUGGAGCCCACCCAGGAAUUAAAUCAGGAGUGUGCCCUGACAGAACAGGCCCAACAGGAAUAUGAACUUUCGGAUUUGACAAAUGAACUUGGAAAAAGCCAGAUUUGGAAAGGAAAAGUUUGGUUUGGUUUGGAAAUGGGGGGUUGGAUAGACCCUCCUAUGCAGGGAUGUUUGGACUUUUCAAGUCUGGCAAUGGGCCGUGAGAUGUUUGGGAUUGUGGGGGCUCUCAAUUUUGGAGGGAUUUUGAAACAUGUUUUUAAAUACCACAUGGAAUUUAGUGUCGAUUAUGGAAAAGGGGCUGAUCUGUCGAGAAGGGUCAAAAAUAUUGCUAAGCUGGAGUUCCCACGAGUGAAACGAGCAGGAGACAAGGGAAAAUACAGUUACAAAUAUGAAGAAGAGCUGCGGAAGGGACAUGGAAGAGACUUAAGGGCCUCGGAUAUUAGGAUACCAGGUUAAUGUGCCAGAUCGAUGGGAUAACAAGGACUGACAAAACCCGGCACCAGGAGGAAGGGACGCUGGAUGAAGAUUGGAUUUGUUUUUAUUUCUCUUUUUCACUACUAGGACUGUUUUACAAAAUUGAUGAAUGUUAGAAAAAUGUUGGAAUGAAGUUACUUGGCUUUAGUAAAAAUGUUUAAAGAAUUAUGCAAGAAUAUUAUGGUUAUGAGAAGUUGGUAAAAAUAAGAUUUAAGUUUUAAGUUUCAAGGUUUUUUAUAGUAAGAUAAGAUUAAAAUAGUUUAAGGUAAUGUAAUGACAGAAUAUUAUGAAAUAUGGAAAGGAUUUGCUGUGACAAUUAACAACCAGGAUACAAGGAAGGGGAGGAGGAGGAGGUCAAGGAAAGAGGGUAAUGAUAGUUGAGGAGUUGAGAAUAAUGGAUUUGUUUUUAAAUGUUUGUGGUGUAUUUUUUCCCCUCUCUCUUAUUUUGAAUUUGUAUAUGUAUGGUUGGAAGUGGCUUGUUUUUCUUUUUUUCUCCUUUGUUUUUCUUUUGCAACUUAAAAUUCCCCCCCCCAAUAAAUAUCAUUUUUUUAAAAAAAUUCACACCUGUAAGUGGGAGAGACCAGCUUAACUCAGACUGAGGCCUAAGCAUAUAGAAACCAACUGGCAAUUUCUUGCUGGGAAUAUUCCUUGGAAGGUCUUUCAUUGACCUUCCUGUCAGCAGCUGAGCAUCUGGAGGGUCUGAACUGUUCUCCACCCAAUUCCUGAAUGCUGAAUUUUUUGAACAGCAUACAGUGAGUCCAGCAAAGGAGUCUUGAGAUCUCAAAACACACAUUUGCUAGAGAAUAGGGAAGGGACCCUAGCCCAGCACUAGAAGCUAGGACACCUGCUUGGCAUGCAGAAGGUUUCAGGUUCUGUCCCUGCAAUGUCAAGUUUAAAAAUUUGACUUGCAGGUGGGAGGAAGGGCUGCUCCUGGAGCCCCUGACGAGCUGCUGCCAGAGUUGGCCCAGACAUGAGGCCAGUGAGGCUUUAGAAGCCCUCUAGGUGACAUUCCUGGGGGUGCCCCGCCUGCCCUGCCUCCUCCACCAUCGGUGGAGAAGCACCUCCGCCAUCAGCACUGAUUUUAGACAAGAUCACAGCCAUGUUGGGCAAGAUCUCACCCAAAAUUGGAGCGAACUUGCCCAAUAUGGGCAGAGGUGGCGAUGUUGCUUCUUCGCCAGCAGCGGAGGGGGCAAGGCACAUGGCGGUGGCAGAGCAGGUGGUCGCAGGAGCCUCAAGCGGCAAAAUGGGACGUGCUGCUCCGGCUGUUGCCAGUCAGAGUAGACAAUACUGACAGGUACCUGGCCUGGUCUGAGCGGUGGUGCCUGGGGCCUGCUGGGGAAAGCAAAGAGCCCAGCAACAGGUGGCACCAGAGCCAGUGGCAGGUGGAGCCUCCCCAUCCUAAUUUUGUCUCCAUCAUUGUUGUGUUUCCACAAAGUUGGCUCUGGGACCAAGGAGGAGGAAGGUGACUGGCAGGGCCAUCCCUCAGACCAGAUGCAAUCAGAAGGCAGAGAGCUGGGGGUCUGCUGGGGGCAGAGCCUCACUUGGGGCCAGGAAAUUCCCAGGGAGAACACUGAGCAUAACAAGGUCAGGAACUGAGUGUGGUGCUGGGGAAGAGCAUCUCUGGGAAAAGGGCUUGGCCAUCUGACUGCUGCACACUUUUCUUGGCAGGCUCACAAGGUGACCUGUGGGGCCUCUGUGGUGAUGGCAAGUAGCACACCAGCCCUGCCAUGUCUCCCUUUUUGAGGCAGAAGCCAGGAAGGAUGGGAAUGUUAGACAUAGCUGUGUUUCCACCCAGGUAAAGGCUGCAGGAUCAGGCCUGUGGGGUGGCUAUAUUGAUAUGGUGGUUGUGUGAUGCAGGGAUAAUUUUUGCACCUGGAGUUUCUUUUCCUAUGCUGUGCAGAUUGUGACCAAGAUCUCUACAUCUAGCCGGAAUGUACCAUUUCAGGACUGGCGCAGGAUGGAGUGCUUUUCUCGGGCCCCUUUCCCUGCCCCAAAUCCCUUCCAUACAGAAAAAGAGUCUGUCAGGGAGGAGGGAAUGCAGCCCAGCCUUCAUAUUGAUCUGCUAGUUUUCUGUGACUGAACUCCUAGGCACACCCUCAGCAGGCCUUGCUCCAGAGAGAGGGUGGCCCACCUGUUCUGGGACUCCCAGCUCCUCUCAGCCCCAGCCAGCAUGCCCAAUGGUCAGGGAUGAUGGGAGUUGUAGUCCAGUAACACCUGGAGGGCAGCAAUUGCCCCGCCCUGCUCCAGAGUCAUCUUGCAUAUACACUGCAUGUGUAUAUAGUGGUGAAUAAUCUGAAUCAAGUGGGUCCUGCAAGCCUGGCAGUGCCACUCUCUAGUGUGUCAUGGGCCCCCUGGGCUACACAAGGAAUGUCACUGAGCUUUGGAAAUAGGAGGCAGGGAUGCUGUUCCCAUGUUAUACAACUACCGCCCUGUGAUUUUGUGCUCAAGGACUCCAGUGCAGGCUCUUUCUCUAGCCACAUGCCCUAAUUGCCCUCUGAUUCGACAGUGGAAUUUGCUGCCAAGCAGUGUGGUGGAGUUUCCUUCUUUGGAGGUCUUUAAGCAGAGGCUUGACAACCAUAUGUCAGGAGUGCUCUGAUGGUGUUUCCUGCUUGGCAGGGGGUUGGACUCGAUGGCCCUUGUGGUCUCUUCCAACUCUAUGAUUCUUUGAUUCAAAAAAAAGCAUGGCAUGGGCUGAAGUGCAGUAAAAACAGAUCACUUGGAUUAAAACUGGGACAUGUAUGCUAACAUCCCCUGUAUCUGAUAGAUAGGGAGCCUCCCUGUUCCCUGCCCCCAUAAUGUUCUCCCAGAGGCUCAGCUGUGCCUGUUGUCUACAUUUGCUGUGUCUGCCCUGCAUGGUUUUAAAAGUCAGCCCUGCUUUAUUUCCCUCUUCCCUGAGGCCAUAAAAGAAACGCAAAAAAUAAAUCAAAAUAAACAGUGCAUGAAAUGGCUGAUGACAAAACCUACAGGCUGUCAGGACAUGCAGGAGAUGGGUCAGCCGGCGUUAGUUGCCUCUGCGGCAGCAGCAAUAGCAGUGCACAGAACAAGGUUUGGAUAACUCUGGGCAGCCUUCUCCAACCUGGUGCCCUCCAGAAACCCUCCCAACAUAGCCCAGUGGUCAAGGUUGAUGGGAAUUGUGGUCCAACAAGGCCUGGAGGAUGCCGAGCAGAAGGAGGCUGUGCUGAAGCACAAGAUGCUGGCUUGAGCAACCCUCCUUUGCUAGCUGACAGGCUUUUAAAGAUCUUUGUUUUUUCCUUGGAGAGAGGCCAGAGCAAGGGAGCUAAGGUGGCACUUGCAGUUGAGGCCAGACUCCCAUGAUCCCUGACCCUCAGCCAUGCUGUCUGGGGCUGAUGGGAGUUGGAGUCUCACAGCUUCUGGAGGGCACCACGUUGGCCCUCUCUGUGCUGGAGAAACACAACUGUCCUCUGCUAUGGGCUGCUGAGCCUGGCCAGUAUUGGAAGUGGCAGGUGGUGGAUUUAACGUGACCAUUUAGAGACAAAAUGCAUCCUUCCCCAAGAUCUUACGCAGAGUUUUGCAGUGCAUGCCUACUCAGAGGUAAAACACAUUGCACCCCAGGGACUGUGUAUUGCAUGUAUUCUUGUUUAUUAAAUUUGUAUAUUGCCCUCCAUCCACAGAUCUCAGGGUGGUUUGCAACAUGCAAGAUUAUGACCUUAACUUCUGGCAGGGCUGGGACAGGGCUGUGAAAUGGGAAGAGCAGCAAGCCUAGGCAUUGGCCUGAAUGAUAAUUUAAACAAGGCAACUUGAAAUGAGGAAUAAGAUGGAGACUUUUCAGGUGGUUGUUGUUGUUUAGUCGUUUAGUUGUGUCCGACUCUUCAUGACCCCAUGGACCAGAGCACGCCAGGCACUUCUGUCUUCCACUGCCUCCUGCAGUUUGGUCAAACUCAUGCUGGUAGCUUCGAGAACACUGUCCAACCAUCUCAUCCUCUGUCGUCCCCUUCUCCUUGUGCCCUCCAUCUUUCCCAACAUCAGGGUCUUUUCCAGGGAGUCUUCUCUUCUCAUGAGGUGGCCAAAGUACUGGAGCCUCAGCUUCAGGAUCUGUCCUUCCAGUGAGCAUUCGGGGCUGAUUUCCUUAAGAAUGGAGAGGUUUGAUCUUUUUCCAGUCCAUGGGACUCUCAAGAGUCUCCUCCAGCACCAGAAUUCAAAAGCAUCCAUUCUUCGGCGAUCAGCCUUCUUUAUGGUCCAGCUCUCACUUCCAUACAUCACUACAGGGAAAACCAUAGCUUUAACUAUACGGACCUUUGUUGGCAAGGUGAUUGUCAGGACUGGUCAUUGUCCUCUUCAGAUCACCACACAAACGCUUCUUGUUCUUUUAUAACUUUUUAUUGUGUAUUAACAAAAUAAUCUUAUAAACAGUUCUUAACUAUUAUUCCUCAGAGUCACUUAUUUCAGAUACCUUCUGAGCUCUGCUUCUCCGUGACCAGCCACCCUCAAAAUGGCGAAGGCGCCUUUCCCUUCGUUUUCCCGCUCUUUUUCCUACCCUCCUGGCUAGAGCUGGCCUGUAUCUCCCCUCCUCCCAAUCUGAGCUAGAACUGAACCCUUGCCUUUCCUGUGAACAGCCGGUCCCUCCCUGUUGUUCCUCUUGCUCCCUUCUAUUAGAUUCACUGCUCUCCUUCCCCCCUUGGGGAAUGCUUUCUCCCUCUGAUAAACUGAAAACUUCUAACUCUUCCCUGACAUUGAUAUGUCUACUUUUUUAGAUGCUGUCUAGGUUUGCCAUUGCUUUUCUCCCAAGAAGCAGGCGUCUUUUAAUUUUGUGACUGCUGUCACCAUCUGCAGUGAUCAUGGAGCCCAAGAAAGUAAAAUCUCUCACUGCUUCCAUUUCUUCCCCUUCUAUUUGCCAGGAGGUGAUGGGACCAGUGGCCAUGAUCUUCAUUUUUUUGAUGUUGAGCUUCAAACCAUAUUUUGCGCUCUCUUCUUUCACCCUCAAUAAAAGGUUCUCUAAUUCCUCCUCACUUUCUGUCAUCAAGGUUGUGUCGUCUGCAUAUCUUAAUUCCGGCUUGGGAUUCAUCCAGCCCAGCCUUUCGCAUGAUGAAUUCUGCAUAUGAGUUAAAUAAGCAGGGAGACAAUAUACAGCCUUGUCGUACUCCUUUCCCAAUUUUGAACCAAUCAGUUGUUCCAUAUCCAUAUUUUUCAGGUGGAGGGAUCAGCAAACAGGAAGUUCUGGAUAAACAGGAGCUGCUGGAGCAUAUGGAGUUAGUAUUUCCUAUGCCUUGCAGCAGAUGACUUCUUUUCCACAGUGGGAAUUCUUUUUAUAUAUAUAAUUUUUAUAUAUAUAAAAUUAUAUAUAUAAUAUAUUACAUUAAAUAUUAAAUAUAUUAUAUAUAAUAUAUAUAAUUUUUUAUUGGUUUUACAUAAUUUUACAAAAGUUCUUGCCAUCUCUGUAUACUCCAUCAAUUUAGUCUGCCAUUCUUCUCUGGUUGGCCCUUCUCCCUCCUUCCAUCUCUGGGCUAGAAGUAUUCUUGCUGCCGUCAUUGUGUACAUGAAAAGCUUUUUGUCUUCUUUUGGUAUCUCUUCACCUAUUAUACCUAACUAAAAAGCUUCUGGUUUUUUAACAAAAGUUUUCUUAAACAUUUUCUUUAACUCAUUACUGUAUAUAUCAUUUCCCAGAAAGCUUUUACCACUCCACAGACCACCACAUAUGGUAGAAGGUACACUCUUUCCCUUUACAUUUCCAACACAGAUUUGAACUAGUUCUAUACAUUUUCGCAAUUUUACUCAGUGUUAGAUACUAACAGUACAUCAUUUUCAUAUAGUUGUACUUCAACGAACAGCAUGCAGUAAAUUCUAAAUCCUCUUUCCAUAACUUUUCCCAUAAUGAAAAUUGGAUAUUGUUUCCAAAGUCUCUUGCCCAGUGAAUCAUCACUGUCUUAACUUCUUCAUCUUUUGUACAGUGGAACCUUGAGUUGCAAACAUAAUCCGUCCCGGAGGCACGUCUGCAACUUGAAGCGUUCGCAUCCUGAGGUGCUUUGUCUGCGCACGCACGGCGCGAUUUAGCGCUUCUGCACGAGCGGCAAAACUCGGAAGUAACCGUUCCAGUACUUCCGGGUUGCUGCGGGACGCAACUUGAAAAAACGUAACCUGAAGCGGAUGCAACAUGAGGCAUGACUGUAUACAAUUCUAAAAGUAAUUUGUACAUUUUUAAAAGUACUUUCACAUUAUUUUGCAACAGAUCUAUUUCAAACCUCGACCUCUCUGUAUCAAAACCAUUUUUCUUAUCUACUUUAAAGACGUCAUUUUAUUGAUGAUACUGUAACCAAUCUGUUAGUAACUCUCUUAUAUCUUCAUUUUUAGUUGAUCUUCUGCUUCUGUUAACGAUUCUUUAUAAGUGGCCCACUCUCCUCUCAUAUUCAAUUUUUUAACCGAAAUUGCUUCCAAUGGAGAGAGUCACCAUGGUGUUCUCCGCUCCAAUAAACUUUUGUAUCUAUCCCAUACCCCAUAGAUUGAUUUUCUUACCAGGUGGUUCAGGAAUUCCUUGUGUACUCUCGUUUUUUCAUACCAUAAAUAUGCAUGCUACCCAAACCUAUUAUCAUCACCAUCCACGUCUAAAGAUCUGGGGUUUUUAAAAACAAAAUCCAAUCCUGAAGCCAGAAAAGGCAGGACGCUUCAUAAUAUAACUUCAGAUCUGGCAAGGAGAAGCCACCUCUUUCUUUAGAGUCUGUCAGUAACUUAUAUUUUAUUCUUGGUUUAGUCCCCUGCCAGAUAAAUUUAGAUAUUGUUUUUUGCCAUUCUUUAAAGUGCCCUACCACACUGAUCGUGGUAUUGAUUGAAACAGAAAUAGUAUUCUUGGUAGCACAUUUAUUUUUAUAGCUGAUAUUCUUCCCUAAAAUGAUAAAUUCAUCCUUCCCCACACCUCCAAGUUUCUCUUUACUUCUUUCCACAUAGGUAUGUAAUUAUCAUUAAAUUUAUUAAUAUUUUUUGAAGUUAACUAUACCCCUAAAUAGUUGACCUUUUUCCCCACAGUUAUUUCUAUGAUCAAUUAUUUAGAUUGUACUGUCAUAUUUUUGACCAACAUUUUGGGUUUUGUCUUAUUAAGUUUAAAACCAGCAACUUGUCCAAACUGCUGAAUCUUUUCUAGUGCCUUUGUUGCACUAGUCAAAGGUUCUUCAACUGUUAUUACAAGAUUGUCCGCAAAGGCUUUCAAUUUAUAUUCUUUGCUCCCCACCGAAAUUCCUUUCACUCCUGCUCUUACAGUUCUCGCCAGGACUUCUAGGACUAAAAUACCGCUAAAUAAUAAUGGCAACAGGGGACAACCCUGUCUAGUUCCUUUAGUAAUGUCACAUUUUUCAGUCAGUACAUUGUUAACAAUCAGUAUGGUUUCUGCUCAGAGUAUAUAGCGCCAAUUCCUUUGAGAAAUGAUUCUCCAAAUUCCAUCCUUUCCAUAGUCCAUGAAAUAUUGUCAAAGGCCUUCUCCGCAUCAAUAAACAUCAAAGCUACUUGCUUAUCAUUCUUGGCCUCCAGAUAUUCUAUUACAGUGAUGCCUCGGUUUAAGUCUGCUUUGUCGGUCGUCCAUUCCGUGGAACAUCCGUGGCAAACCUGGAAGUACCGCAAUGGGUUAAUUCCGGGUUUUCCACUCACUCACACACAGAAGCGCUAAAUCGCGCUUCACGCAUAUGCAGAAGUGCAAAACUGCUCCACACGCGUGUGCAGAGUGACGCUCUGUCGAGCGUCUGGGGCUCCAGAACGGAUCCCGAACUCAAAACGAGGUACCACUAUAUGUCUAUUAUAUUAUGUUGUCUCUCAUCUGUCGGCCAGGAAGAAAGCCCACUUGAUCUUGAUGAAUAAUAUCUUUUAAUACAGUAUUUAAUCUAUUUGCUAAGAUGUUGGCAUAGUUUCUAAUCAUUAUUUAGGAGUGAGAUUGGCCUAUAGUUUUUAACUUAAAGUACAGUGGUACCUUGGGUUAUAGAUGCUUCAGGUUACAGACGCUUCAGUUACAGACUCCGCUAACCCAGAAAUAGUACCUCAGGUUAAGAACUUUGCUUCAGGAUGAGAACAGAAAUCAUGCUCUGGCGGCGCGGCGGCAGCGGGAGGCCCCAUUAGCGAAAGUGGUGCUUCAGGUUAAGAACAGUUUCAGGUUAAGAACAGACCUCUGGAAUGAAUUAAAUUCUUAACCCAAGGUACCACUGUAAAUCCGAAUCCUGUUUAGGAAUUAAUGUAAUAUAGGCCUCCUUCCAAGUAUCUGGUAAUUUACUGUAUUUUUCGCUCUAUAGGACACACUUUUUCCCCUCCAAAAAUUAAGGGGAAAUGUGUGUGUGUGUGUGUUAUGGAGCGAAUGCAGGCUGUGCGGCUAAGCCCAAAGCCAGAACAGGGAGACGGAGCGCUCCGCAACGUCUCAUUGUUCUAGCUUGGGGUUAGCUGCUCAAAGCCUCCUCAGGGCAGCAGGGUGAAGGCUGCUCUGCGGAGGUUUCAAAGGCUGUGCUCCGGGGGCUUCAGGUAGCUAUCCGCAAGCCUUUGGAGCGCAGCAGGAGUUCCCGCUGUGCUCCGAAGGUUUGCAGAUAGCCGCCUGGAGAGCGAGAGGGGUCGGUGCACACCGAUCCCUCUUGCUCUCCAGGCUUCGCUUUGCUGGAGAGGCGCUGCACAGUUUUCCCUCCCUGCGCAGCGCCCCUUCAGCGAAGCGGGAGGAGAAAUGGAAGGGGCUCCGUUUCUCCUACCGCUUCACUGAAGGGGUGCUGCGCAGAGAGGGAGAGCUGUGCAGCGCCCCUUCAGUGAAGCGGGAGGAGAAAUGGAAGGGGCUCCAUUUCUCCUGCCGCUUCACUGACGGGGCGCUGAGCAGAGAGGGGGAGAUUCCCCCCCCGUUCUCCCCCUCCUAUGGUCCGGUGUGUCCUAUGGUCCGGUGUGUCCUAUAGAGCGAAAAAUACGGUACCACUACUCAUUGUUAUUCAUCAUAUCUUUGAGUGGAAAACUAGUUGAUCUUGUAUUUUUUUAUUAUAUUUAGCUGAGAGUCCAUCUGGUCCUGGCAAUUUUCCUGAUUUGGCUUGUCCCAUUGCUUGUUGUAAUUCCAUUGUGUAAUAGGUGCAUUUAGCUGGUAUAUCUUUUCUUUUGGAAUCUUUGGUAAUUUAUUCUGCUUUAAAUAGUCCUAGAUUUUAACUAUAUCUUCUUUUCCAGCCCAAUAUAGUUCCAUAUAAAAUCUUACAAAUGUUUCCUAAUCUCUUUUGGAUUAUCUAUUAUUUUGCUUUCUACUUUCAAUUUAUUAAUUGUAUUUAUACCUUUCUGACGCACAGCGUAAAUUAAUAAUGCAGAGUCUUCUUCAGUAAAAGAAUAAAAGCUUUACUGAGUUAAAAUAAACUUGUUUGCAAAUAACAGCAUAGUGAACAGAAGAUUAAACUAGCUUCAGAGCAUACACAGAGUUUCCACUGAGCACAGGCUUCACAGGCUCCACCACACACAUAGAUUGAGACACUGCAGACACUGACUGAGUCACUGAGUCUGCCUGCAAGCAGAUACAAUACUUAUACAGGGAAUGAGUCAUCCUCAAGAUGAGUCACAGUGAUUCAGCAUGCUAAAUGAUUCUGAAGCUUUUUACAUUUCACAUUUCUAGACUCCUUUACUGCUUCUGCUCUCAAAUACCUUUGUCACAUGACACCUUCUUCCUUAAUUGCCACACUAAAAGUUUCCCUGGUUUAUUAAGAAAUUCAAAAUUUUUAUGUUUCAUCAAUUUUUCACCCACUCAACUUCCUGAUUUAUUAGCAUCGAAAAUUGGGUUUGUAACAUCUUAAUACACUGUUUUAUCAGUUCGUUUCCGGGUUUCUUAAUUAAUUGCUUUUCAUAUUCAACUCAUCUAAUAACUCUUUUUCUUCUCCCUUGCAUUUUUCUGCAAGGUGUUUUGUUGUGUAAAGAAACCUCUCAUCACUGCCUUACUUGUGUCCCAAACCACAUUUAAGUCCGUACCAUGAUUCAAAUUCAAUUCAAAAUAAUCUCUCAGGGUUUUUUGAGCUUUCUGCAAGGUCAUUUGAUUAUCUAAUAGUCCUUCAUUUAGCCUCCACCUAAAUGGUGAGUUUUCUUCUCUUCUUAAUUCCAAUAAAAUUGCAUUAUGAUCCUAAAGUGUCCUUGGUUGUAUUUCCACCUUUCUCGUUCUUAAUGUUAGUCACUGGAAAUCCAUAUUGAGGCUAUUCUUCUAGCAAAUUGAUUUGGUUCUGAGAAAAAAGUAUAUUCCCUUUCCAAAGGGUGUUUGAAUCUCCAAAUGUCCGUUAAUGUAAGAUUUUCCACCAGAUUAAAAAAAGGUGGCAAGUAGUCUCCCUUCUUUCAAAUCCGUCUUUCUUAUUGUUCUAUCUAUAUCCAGGGACACUACUGCAUUAGUGUCACCCGUAAAUAUUAUUUUCUGAUCUGUAAAUUCAAAUAAUUUUUCCUCUAACAGUUUAUAAGGUUCCGAUUUUCUUUCAUUCGGUGCGUAUAUUCUAUUACAUUUUUUUUUUUUGCCUUGUGAUGUUAUCUGUUUGGCUAUCAUUCUUCCCUCCUCAUCUUUAAAAAUUUGCUGCGGGUCAUAUCUAUCUAUACAUAAAUUUACUACUCUUUUUUGUCUUAUCUGAUGUUAUGAAUUCUUUUCCUAAUCUUUUAUUUGUUAAGACUUUUCUCUGUUUCCUCGCUAUGUGUAUAGCAGUCUUGUAUCUAUACUUCCCAUUGGAAAGAUCGUACUUCCAGAGUUCAAGUAAGUCUUUAUUUCCAAAUUAUAGCUCCCCCUUUAUGUACAGGGAUGGGAGUUAGUCCUUCUUUAUUUUCCAACCCUGUAAAUUAUUUAGUGAAAGUUAUUUGGUAGCAAAAGAAAAACAAAAUGCAAUCCGCUACUCUAGCACUUGUAGAAAGUCCCCAUGCAGAGUAGAGCUCAUCACAGCCAGGACAGACCUCCUUUUUUCAUCCCAUCUUUUUUGCCAAUUAUAAUCCAGAUUUUUUUUGCCAAUUAAUUAAUCCUUUUGGCUUUUAGCUUUAAUUUAUCGGAGAGCUUGCAGCUUUUUUGCUUGGAGCCUGAGGCUUCUCACCACGGGGUAGCGAAUGGAUCCUAGCACUCGCAGCUCAAUCUUGCCCUUCUUCCCUGCUCUUUAUAGGGCGGAUUGGGGGCAAGGGAGCUUGCUAAGUGCGCAGCCAUAUCCCCAGCGCCCAAAACAUCCUUUCGGGCUUCUUCCAAAGCGCCUUUGUGUUUCCCCUAAAUCCCUUGCGGCGAUCGAGUCUGUCCCAGAGAACUAGACUCACACUCCAAUGCGAUCCGCAGCAAACCGGAAAUCCAUGGUGGGAAUUCUGUGUCCAUGUGUCAAAGCAGUUUCCGUGUGGCUUAACCUGCAGUGUCCUCGCAAUCCCCAAUGAGGAUGGAACAAGGAUGGCCAAGUUGGGAGGGCGAGAAACUGGCUGUUUCACAGGAACAUUUCUGGGGAAUUAAAGGACCUGAGGCCCUGUUCCCCCCAGCAUAAAAAUUUGCAUAUGCAAAUUAUCUGUAGAGAUGCCUCUGGCAGAUUAAAGUGAAGGGGAGCAGGGACUGUACUUUGCCCAGCUGUAAAAUAAGUAAAGCAAAACAAAACAAAGUUUUUAAAAGGGAGGAAAGAGGCAGCAGAUCUGAGGCCUUAGCACAGAAGUUCUGGAGCUGCCCCUGUUUGCUAGCUUGUUGAACCAAGCCAGUCUCUCUGGAAGCUUAUUAAUGCUCUAAUCUCAACCCCUUGUUGCAUGCAUUUCGCUCAGCUUUCCCUAUGGGAAUUUUAUUUAUUUGUAACAUAAUUAAUUUUAUUCAUAUCCUGGGUUCCCCCUCCCUUCCAGCUGUUAAUGCAUGCAGAUGCAGAAUAGCUCACAAACUAAGUUAAUGGAAGACUAGAAUUUAAAAUAUAGUACAAUAAAGAAGUACAAUCCCAGGUUACUUUCAGGAUUGCCUUACCCCAGACAUGCCCUUUUGAUCAUGUCAGUCUGCAGAACUGGUUACAGGUCCACAUCAUGCUUGCUCCGCACUCGUAAGAAGUCAGUCUUGUAGUGGAAUAGCACCUACACUUUGGAACUCCCUGCCUGUUGACAUUAGGCAGGCAUCCUCACUGCAACCUUUCAGCACCUGCUUAAAAUAUGUUUGAGAAUUUUACUUUUUUGAUAAUUUGUAAGCAGCUUAGAGGUUUUCUGUAAUCAAGCAGCAUAUAAAUUUUGUUAUAUAGGUAAAAUAAAUAAAUAAAUAAAUGUAACAGGCAUGAAAGCAGAAUUGAAACAAGGGAUCUGAAAGGAUUCCAUGACACCCACUGCCUUGCCUUUUGGUUUCAUUACAAAGAGCCGCUGUCUCUGUGUAUGAGAGAAACAGAGACAGAGGCUGGCUGAGACUUAUCUCCCUGGAACUGUGCCCAGGCAUUGAGAAAAAAGGCAGACAGUUACACAGAGAUCAGCAGCUCACAUGGGCAUGGUUACACAGCAUUGUGGUGGCUCUUGGUGCCAAGACCUGGUGAGGCUGCCACGCUCUGCAGGGGGGGCAGAAGGAGGGCCUUGCCAGGGGCCUUUCCAGUUCAGCUCUGCUUCCCUCAGAUUGGGGAGGCUCUUGUCCCAGGCAGACACUGUAGUAAAAGCAUAAGAAGAGCCUGCUGGAUCCAGCCCAUGGCCCAUCUUGGCCAGCAUCCUGUUCUCACCAUGGCCAAGAGCCCUCUUCCCUCCCUUCCAGCAACUGGUUUUCAGAAGAAUCCCAGAGCCGAGCCAUCGAUAGGCCUCUCCUCCACGAAGGAGAUGGACAGUAUAUAGUCCUAGGCAUGUCUGCUCAGAAUAAAGUCUUCAUGAGGUCAAAGGGCUUAUUCACAGGAAAGAGGGAUCCUUUUAUGGGAAGAUGCCAAGAAUUUGUUGAACCCUCUUUGAAAGCCAUCCCAGUUGGUGGCCCUUCCUGCCUCCUGUGGGAGGGAGUCUCAUAGAUCAACUGUGUGCUGUGGAAAGAAGGGCUUUCUGCCAUUUGUCCCGAAUCUCCCAACAUGCAGCUUCAUUCUGGUGUUGAGGGAGAAACACUUCUCUUUCUCCACUCCUGGCAAACUUCUCACAUGUCCCCUUUUUAGUAACAAAAAACCCCCAAACACUGCAGCUUUUCUUCAUAGUUGCUCCAUCCCCUUGAUCAUUUGGGUUGUGCUCUCAGAACUCCAGCAAUGAGUUUUAUAUCCAUAGUGUCAAGGUGGCAAUGUUUAAUCCACAAAUCAGUUAGACAUUUGCAUGUUUACUUGGGAGUAAGAAUGCCAAUUUAUGUGCGUUUAAUUGAUAAAGGCUGCAUGCUUACAUAGAAGUAAAUCUCACUGAAAUCAGUACGACUUAAUGCCUAAAUAAAUCUGCAUGUGAUUGUGAUUGUACGAUUUCCUUGAGUUGUCCAUUGGGUUGUAUUGAACAAGACAUGCUCAAAGCAGACCCACUGAACUUAAUGGACCUAAACUAGGAAUGGGCAUUAAUUUUAGUGGGUCUACUUUGAGUAUGACUAAGCUGGAUACGAAAUAUAUCAAACGCAUUCUCCUUUUUUGUAAUCUUUAAAACAACCAUAAGGUAGACCAGUAUUAUUGUUGCAGAUGGGGCAACUGAGAUGUAAGGCCCUCUAGUGAGUACCUGGCAGGUGCAAGAUUUUUUAAAAAAGAAAAAAGGACUCCCAGAGACCCCAUUUCAGACUAGUUUGCAGGGUUGUAGUCCCCACUGAAAAACUAUUCCACACCCACUUGCUUGGGAGUAAGCCCCAUUGAAAUUAACAUGAUUAUCAUCUUAAUGCACAUUUGGGGUUGUGCUGUUACACCGCAAUCCAAUAUGCAUCUACUUGGAAGUAAAUACCGCUGAGUUCAAGGGGGCUUACUCCCAGGUAAGUGGGGGCCCUUUUUGGUUAAUAGGAAUUUCAGAAAAGUGCCACUGCAGCCCUCCAUAUAGAUGGACUAUGCAGAGGCGGAGCUGCCUGCUCCGGCACCCAGAGCGGCACACAUGCUGUGCACCUGGGAGCGGGGUGAGCUGCCCAGGGGGCGGGGCGGUGAUGUCACCCCCCCAGGAUAACACCUGGGGCAGACCGCACCCACCGCACCCCUUUCCUCCACCAGUGGGACUACGGCUCCCAUCAGACACAGCCCUCUGUGCUGAUGGUUGGGGAUGAUGGGAGUUGGAGUCUCAAAUCUCUGGAAGGCCCGAGCUUGGGGAAGGCAGACUUCUUGGACCGGACCCAAGCCAUUCCAGUCCAGGAAGCUUGCCAGCAGGGCAUAAAACAACCAGCCAUGAAAGGUAGACUGCUUUGGAAACUGGAGGUUCCAUUUGGACUUCUGGGGAAGAAAGAUGGCAGACUAAGUUAUCAGCUACUGGUGAUCCCAUUGGCAGAGAUAAUUAUGCGGUGGUCAGAGGUAAUCAAGGCAUAAUUCCCUUUUGAGAUAAGAGAGGAAACCUCAGUGUCUUGGAAGAAGACGACAGCACACUGGAGACAAGGACGUUUUAGGGUUUUUUAUUUUUCAAAAAAUCUUUAUUAAACAUAUUUCACAAAAUUAUACAACAAUAUAAUAUAUUACAAUUUAUAUCCCAUCCCAUACAACAACAACAACAAAAAAGAAUGCAAUACAUUUAAAAAGACCUAAAGUAGACUUCUGAGUGUUCUCAAAAAAACUGAAUUACUCUUGUUAUAUUUUACACAGUUUCAUACUAUUCUCGAAAGUGGCACCGGCCCUGUGGAACGUCCUCCCACCAGAUGUCAAAGAGAAAAAUAACUACCAAACUUUUAGAAGACAUCUGAAGGCAGCCCUGUUUAGGGAAGCUUUUAAUGUUUAAUAGGUUAUUGUAUUUUAGUGUUUUGUUGGAAGCCGCCCAGAGUGGCUGGGGAAACCCAGCUAGAUAGGCGGGGUAUAAAUAUAUUAUUAUCAUUAUUAUUAUUUUCAUAAAUCUUUUUGAUAAAGAAAAAGAAAGAAAAAUUAAAUAGAAACAAUAAAUUUACUUAUAUUAUCUGUACAUUGCAAGACUCAUUCAAGAUCUGCCAGGAGGUUUUUGCUGUCACAGUAAUUUUUAAGAUAUUCCUUGAAUAUAAUCCAUUCUUGAUUUACUUUUUGCUUCUAAUACCCUCUUACCCUCCCUGUCAUUUUUGCCAUUUGCAGAUAUUCUAAUAGUUUAACUUGCCAUUCUGAUUUUGUAGGUGUAAUUUCAUUUUCCCAAUACGUUGCAAUUAAAAUUCUGGCUGCGGAUGUUGCAUACAUAAAGAGAGGUCUUACUUCUUGUUUUAUUUCAGUUGGCAUUAUCCCUAAUAAGAAGGCUUCUGGUCAUUUUGUGAAUGGGAUUUUUAACAUCUUUUUUAGUUCGUUAUUUAUAACGUCCCAAAACUUCCUAAUUUUUCCACAUUCCCUCCACAUAUGCAUAAAUGACCCUCUCCCCUCUUUACAUCUCCAACAAUUUUCCAAUCUACUCUUAUACAUUUUGGCCAGUCUGGCUGUAGUGAGGUGUCACCAAUAUAACAUUUUCAUAAUAUUUUCUCUUAAGUUAUAGCACGCUGUGAACCUGACAUCAUCUUUCUAUAGUCUCUCCCAUUGGUUCAUAUAGAUAUUAUGGCCAAGGUCUUGGGCCCAACUUACCAUUCCACUUUUCACUUCUUCUUCUUUAGUUUCCCACUCGAGUAGAAGAUUAUACUUUGGAGAUUAUAUUUUGGAGAUAUGCUUACUUUUGGCUUGUACUAAUUCUUUUUCUAGUCUUGAUGUUUCUUUUUCAAAUCCUGUUUGUCUAUCAAUGUUCCACCUCUUGUUUAUUUGAAAGUAUUGUAGCCAAUCCGUCACAUACCUUCUAAUUUCAUCAGUUUUUUUCAGGUUAAAAUUAUUGUUAUUUUCCUCUAAUAGCAUUCUAUAUGUUGCCCAAUCACCUUGUGCAUUUUUUCUUUUUACUGCCGUGGCCUCUAUCAGGGAGGUCCACAAGGGGAUUUUAGGUUCCAAUAUUCUCUUAUAUUUGUCCCAGAUUUUAUAGAGUGAUUUCUAAUUAUAUGGUUUAGAAACCCCUUGUUUACCUUAACUUUCUCCUAAACCAUAUACGUGUGCCAACCAAACCUGUUGUUGAAGCCCUCUAAAUCUAAUAAAUCUGUGUCUUUAAGUAUGAUCUACUCUCUAAUCCAUGACAGCCCAGUCGCAGCAUGGUAUACUGUAUUUUUCGCUCUAUAAGACGCACCAGACCAUAAGUUGCACCUACUUUUUGGAGGAGGAAAACAAGAAAAAAAAUAUUCUGAAUCCCAGAAGCCAGAACAGCAAGAGGGAUCACGGCUUUCGCUGUGCAGCGAUCUCUCUUGCUGUUCUGGCUUCUGGGAUAGCUGCGCAGCCUCCAUUCGCUCCAUAAGAUGCACACACAUUUCCCCUUACUUUUUAGGAGGGAAAAGGUGCGUCUUAUAGAGCAAAAAAUACGGUAAUUCAAGAUCAGGUAGAGCAAAACCCCGCUCUCCCUCUGGUCAAUAAGAAUUAGAUGUUUUAUUCUUAGCCUUUUACCAUUCCAUUUAACCUUGCAAUGGCCCUUCUCCAGUUUUGAAAACAAUUCAUACCUCCUAAAAUGGGAAUGGUUUGAAAUAAAAAAAUCAUUUUUGGUAAAACAUUCAUCUUAACUGCCAAUAUCCUACCCCAAAGGGAGAGGUGAAGUUUGCUCCAGAUUUCCAAAUUUUUCUUAAUUUCAUUCUAUGAUUUCUUGAUACAAGUCUAUGCAUUUAGCUGAGAACCAAACUCCUAGGUAUUUUACUUUAUUCUUAAUCUCUAGACGUGUGCUUUCUUGUAAAUCUUUCUUCUCCUCUGAGCUCAUGUUCUUAACCAAUGAAUUAGUAUUUUAUAGUUUAAUCUAAAUCCUGCUUGUUUUUGGAAGCCACCCACAGUGGCUGGGGAAGCCCAGCCAGAUGGGCGGGGUAUAAAUAAAUUAUUAUUAUUAUUAUUAUUAUUAUUAGAGGCAGCCUUGCCUUGUGCCUUUUCUAAUCUCUAUUUUCUGUGGUAAUGCCAUUAAUAAUCAAUCUUGCUUUUUGAUUUGUAUAGAUGGCCUCAAUUCCUCUCUCAAAUCUCUCUCCCAGACCCAUUAAUUUUAUCUGUUUUUUUAUAAAACACCAAGAAAUGUUAUCAAAGGCCUUUUCAGCGUCUAUUAGCAUUAAGGCCAUUUUUUUAUCAUUUCUAAAUUCCAGAUAUUCUAAAAUAUCAAUAAUAUUUCUGGUGUUCUGUUGGAAUUGCUUCCCUGAGGCAAGGAAGUUUCCAGGGGGUGGGUGAACAUCUUGAGCAAGGAACUUUCCAUGGGGCCCACCCUUUCAGGGCACCAGGUCAGCAAACCUCCUUCUUUUAACAAUUUUUAAGACUGGAAGCAAAUAAGAAUGGGAUUUUCUGUCUGCCAGUUAAUUGCUACUCAGAAAAGAAAUGGGCUGCUGGGAGAUGAUAAAGCACUUAUUAACAGGCAUGAGAAUGAAGCAAAACGCUUAAAGUCUGAACCUGCUUUAAAUCUUCAACAUAUAUUGUCUAUAACUCUCCAUUGCGAGCAUGCUUGUUUGCUAUGAAAAGCAAAACUGUGUUUGAUUCCUGUGUGAAAGGAAUGUGUAAGCAGACACAAGUUCUUGGAAGCAGAGACUCCCAAAGGGUGUAUGACUAAACAGAAUUUGGUAAAAAUAAUGUUGUGUGGAUUUUUUUUACAAUGGCUACUAGAUGAAUAGCUGUCAGAAUUAAGAGUCUAGAUACGUGGAAUUCUGAGAGAGAUCAAACUGGAGAUACUUCAGAUGGCAGAAAGCGCGGGAUCUGCCCGAGGAGAUUUGGAUCAAUUUCUGCCUGCACUUGAGACAGCAGCAGGUGAUGGUGUGGACUGCCUGGAGGACUGGAAAGACAAAGGAAGCUGUUGAGAUGCCUGAAGAGAGAAAUAAUAAUAAUAAUAAUUUUUAUUUAUACCCCGCCCUCCCCAGCCAAGGCCAGGCUCAGGGCAGCUAACAAGCAAUAAUAAAAACAAGUUGAAUGAAUACAAACUUAAAAACAAGAUUAAAAUACAUUAAAAUAUUGAAAAUGCAACCUCAUCACAGGAGGAGAAAGGAAAAAGAAAGAGGGGGAGGGAAUCAAACUGAUUCUAAGCCAAAGGCCACCGGGAGCCAGUGCAGCUGGAAAAGCACUGGGUGAAUAUGCUCCCAUGGCAGAGACCCUGUGAGGAGCCUCGCUGCAGCAUUCUGCACCCGCUGGAGUUUCUGGGACAGCUUCAAGGGCAGCCCCGCGUAGAGCGAAUUACAGUAGUCAAGCCUGGAGAUGACCGUCGCAUGGAUCACUGUGGCCAGGGCGGGGCGGGAAAGGUAAGGGACCAACUGCUUGAUGCAGCGAAGGUGGAAAAAUGUCACCUUGGCUGUUGCUGUAACCUGCACCUCCAUGGAAAGGGAGGCGUCAAGGAUUACACCCAAACUCUUAACAGAAGGCAAUGGCACUAAUUGGGCCCCCUCAAGAGAAGGGAGUUGGUCUCUCAUCCCCAUGCCAUCCCGACCCAGCCAUAGGACCUCUGUCUUUGAAGGAUUUAGUUUCAAUCGGCUCCCACAAAACCAUCCAGCCACAGCUUCCAAGCAUCUGGUCAGUGUAUCCGGGGCCGAGUCGGUGUGGCCAUCCAUCAGCAGAUAGAGCUGAGUGUCAUCAGCAUAUUGGUGACAGCCCAGCCCAAAGCUCCGGACAGUCUGGGCAAGGGGGCGCAUAAAGAUGUUAAAAAGCAUUGGGGAGAGGAUUGCACCCUGCGGCACUUGCCACACCAAGGAGUGGUGCAACGACAUCUCCCUCCCUAGCUCCACCCUGAGUCCCCGACCAGAGAUAAAAGAGCACAGCCAUUUACGGGCUUUGCCCUGUAUCCCCAUGUUGGUGAGGCGGUGGUCCAGAAGAUCAUGAUUGACCAUGUCAAAGGCUGCUGACAAAUCUAAAAGAAUCAGCCUUCCUGACCCACCUCGAUCCAGUUGUCUAUGGAGAUCAUCUGUUAGGGCAACCAGAGCCGUCCUGGUCCCGAAACCAGGACGGAACCCGGACUGAAAUGGAUCUAAAGCCGAUGUUUCCUCCAGAAACCUACCAAGCUGUUCAGCAACUGCUCUCUCAAUUACCUUACCCAGAUAUGGAAGAUCGAAACUGGGCGGUAAUUGGAUAGGUCUAAAGGAUCUAGUGCAGUUUUCUUUAAGAGCGGAAACACCACUGCUUCCUUCAGUUCCCCUGGGAAUGUCCCUGUGCCAAGGGACAAAUUGAUAAUUUCAACCGGGGGGUCCGUGCGACAUCUGGACACGCCCUAAUCAGCCAAGACGGGCACGGAUCGAGAAGGCAGGUGGUGGGCCUAUCAGCUUGGAGGAAUCUAUCCACAUCAGCAGGGAGUAUCUGAUCGAAAUGGUCCAACACUGGACCCGAAGACAGUUGAGGGGCCUCCAGUUCAGUCACUGUAUCUAAAUUGGCAGGGAGGUCACGGCAGAGCAACAGGACAUUGUCCGCAAAAAGGCUCACAAAUGCCUCACAGCUGUGGGUCGAAUUUGUGCUUAAAUUUGCUUUUCCUCCUAAGGACGUUAUAAAUGGAUUGAUGACCAGAAACGCCAAGAGACAAGCAGAGAUGGACUUGAAGAAAGGUUCCAGGGCACAAGUGGAAGUGAGCACAGGACGAAAAGCCUCGAAGGUUGUGGUGGUUGCUGUGGGAAAAGAUGGGAAGAAAUGGAAGACACACCCCUUUCCCUUUUUUAAACAGGAUGAAGCAGGACUAUCUUGGAGUGUAUACCUUGAAUAAAGGUAAAGGGACCCCUGACCAUUAGGUCCAGUCAUGGCCGACUCUGGGGUUGCGGCGCUCAUCUCGCUUUAUUGGCCCAGGGAGCUGGCGUACAGCUUCCGGGUCAUGUGGCCAGCAUGACUAAGCCGCUUCUGGCGAACCAGAGCAGUGCAUGGAAACGCCAUUUACCUUCCCGCCAGAGCGGUACCUAUUUAUCUACUUGCACUUUGACAUGCUUUCGAACUGCUAGGUUGGCAGGAGCAGGGACUGAGCAACGGGAGCUCACCCCAUUGCGGGGAUUCGAACCGCCGACCUUCAGAUCGGCAAGCCCUAGGCUCUGUGGUUUAACCCACAGUGCCACCCGCAUCCCUUAUACCUUGAAUACUUUAAAUAAUUGUUAUAGAUACAAUUGGCAGACAGAUAACCUGAGUGCACUCUCUUCAUUUUUGUUUUUUCUUGCUUUUUUUCUCUUGCCUUUCUGUGGUCUUUAAUCUUUGCUUGGUCUAUGUUAAUUAUAUAUAUAUAUUUAUGCUUUGCUUUUUGGCAUUUUCUUUCUUGGACUAAUGAAGAGACACCCCAGAAGGUGGUGGGUGGAAGAUGAGGGGCCUUGCAUGACAGGAAGUGUGCAGAGGAUCUCCCAGGUAGGAGGCUGGCGGAAGGGGGGGAGAGCUCCCUCUUGUGUGUGUGGAAUGAGGGUCAAGAUACCAUUAUGGCAGAGGACCUUGAGCUUCUUUCUUCUCCUCUUCUUUUUCUGUUACUUUAUUCUUCUCUCUUGCUUCUCUUCUAUUUAUUUUCUUGGCUCAGAGUUCUCUUUAUUGUACUCUAUGUGGAAAACUCUCAAUAAAGCUGACUUUAAAAGUCCAGGAAACGAGGUUCCCUUUGGAGAGCAUUGCCAAAAUGCCGGCAGCUGUCACUGCACCUUGUGGCAGCAGAUUCCAUCUCUUCCUUAUGGCUGGUGGGAGCAGAGAAGGAGAGAAUUGCAGACAAUGUGGGCGUCUCUCCUGUUUGCAUGCCUCACUAAGGUGACACACACAUGGAAUCUAAACCACACCUGUGGAUUGAAGGUGGGGUUUGGAGUAGGCUGACACUCCCGUGAAUCAGGGCAGGGGAAAAGGAGAAGUCAUGUUUGAGCUCAGAGGCAAGAGCUGCCUUGUUUCCCACUGAAAAGUGAGGUGGGUGGUGAUCCGUGCCAGAUGGGUUUGAAAAGGUGGCCUAGGAUCAUAACCACAGCCAAUUUAUUGGUUCGCUGCAUUUCCCACAAAUCCAUUUUGCUCACAGCAGUUCAGAUCCAGUUUGGCAGUUUUGAACUUCUGAGCUUUGCUUAUGGGAGACAAAAUAAACAUGCUGAAUUUAGAUCACUCUAGGGCACUGGAAAAAUUCCCUAUGCAAAUCUCCCUAGUUUGCAUAGGAUUCUCUUCUGGAAAGUUUAAAGUCAAAAUGUUCUGGGAAAUCUACAUCACAUCACAGAACCUACUUUAUUGUGAGAGUUAUCUAACACAGUCCGUAUAUUUCAUGUUCCAAAGUUCAAUUGUCUUUCACAACCACUGCUGACCCCACUGGGCGUGGUAAUCCAGUCAGGGAAAAAGGGAGGCAGACUAUGUUUAGGGCACCUUUUCUAGCUCCUCCCCCUUUUCAGGGUGAGCAGAGUGGAUCCUAAAUAGGGCUGCUCAGUCAUGGAUACAGCUGCCGAGCUGUAUUAUAUACAGCUGCCACUCCAAUUGGAGAACAGCCUUCACCAAAGGUGUCAUGGACUUUGAAGACAUGCAAACUCGGGACGAAAGGGAGAAACGUGCUAAGAGCAAGGCAAACCCUCACCGUGAUCAACUCCUGCCCAGAAACCUGUGUCCCCACUGUGAAAGGUAGCCAAGGGGUCAUCCAGACCAAACCCCGGCAGUUUUAGAAAUCCCCCCGCCCCGCCAUGGCCAUCAGUGAAACCUUUGCGGCUGUGUGAGUGCAGGGGGAGGGAGCAGAGGGCCCCUCCAAGUGUCGGUGUGCUACAACUCCCAUGAACUCAGGCCAGCAUGGCCAACUGUCAGGGAUGAUGGGAGUUGUGGUGCAGCAGCAUCUCGAGGUCUCUGGAGCUUGACCCAAACUCUGCUUUCUGUUCUGUAAGACGUUCUUUUUCUGCUGAAGAAAGGCAGGAAUCGUAAGCAGGGUGGGGGUGGGGGGUGUCAUGAGGCCAGCUCCAUAACUGCUUCCUGGGCUGCCACAAUGGAUUAUAUAACCUCCGGUCAGCAGUGAGGGAGGACAUGAAUUCCUAGGGAAGCAAGAUCCUGUUUACUUGCACGCAAGUGCCAGGAGGAAAGGGAAAGGACAGCAGGAAAGCAGUGAGUCCCAGCAGCUUCUCAGCACAUGGUUUAAAAGCGGGAGGGGGGCAGUAGACAGAGAGGCCCCUUCCCACCCUCUGGUGUCUUAUGUGGGCAUAUGCCUGGCCUGCCUUCCCAAAAGGCAAAUGCUCUUGCUGUCUUCCUUGGGAGGAAAUGAAUGGCGGAUGGUGAAUAAGGUCAGCAUUACAGUGCAUCCCAUCUGUAGUAAUGCUGGGCCACACCCACCUUCCCCACCUGUCCUACAAUCCAGCGGGACCCGGCUAGGAGAGGGAAGGUGGUGCCACAGCAUUUACUUUUUCAGGACAAAACACAACAGAAGGGGUAGUUGCUGCCACCACUCCCUUGUCCGGGGAUAGCCCAAAAGAUUAACACAAGGGAGAAGGUUACUCUUCCUUGUUACCGGCUGCCCCCACCCUGCAUUGCUUUACCACAAAUCGCAGGCAGAAUUCAACAGGUUCAGUAGGUGGCUAAGUGGUCAGACUUUGGAUUCAAACUUUCCCCAGAAAGGCACACAGAACAAAAUAGGAAAAUCCUUUUUUAAAAGUUAUUUAAAAAACAAGAUUAAACAUACUUAAAAGUGGAGGCACAUCUCUUAUGUGGUUCAGACAAGAAAAUAACAACAUUGUAAAGCAUCGCUAGCUAAACGUACCGUAUUUUUCGCUCUAUAGGACACACUUUUUCCCCUUCAAAAAUGAAGGGGAAUGUGUGCGCCCUAUGGAGCGAAAGCAGGCUCCUUGGCUUCAGCGAUAGCAACGGGAAGCCUCCCAAGCCUGCGCUCCGGAGGCUUCGCAUUGCUUUCGCUGAAGCCUGGAGAGUCUGGUCUUUGAGGCUGGCGGAGGGGGAAAGCAGUGCUUCCCCCCACCGCCAACCCCACAAGCUCGGGGGACAGCAGGAAGGCGCGCGAUGCCUUCGCACUACUCCCCAACCUGGUUUAAAGGCUGGCGGUGGGGGAAAGCAGCGCUUCCCCCCACCGCCAGCCCCACAGGCUCAGGGGGCAGCGGGAAGGCGCGCGACGCCUUCGCACUACUCCCUGAACUGGUUUGGAGGCUGGCAGUAGGGGAAAGCAGCGCUGCCCCCCACCGCCAGCCCCACAGGCUCAGGGGGCAGCGGGAAGGCGUGCAAUGCCUUCGUGCUGCUCCCGGACCUGGUUUGGAGGCUGGCGAUGGGGGAACGCAUCGCUCGGUCAAAAAGCCCACAGGAGCUGCGUGCUCUUUAAAGGGUGCGCGGCUCCUGUGGGCUUUUGCGGGAGAUGGGGGAAUUCCCCCACUUCCCGCAAAAGCAAGCAGAAGCCACACGUUCUUUAAAGGCUGUGCGGCUUCUGUGGGCUUUUCUACGAGGUGGGGGAUUUCCCCCACCUCGCAGAAAAGCCCGCAGGAGCCGUGCAGCCUUUAAAGAGCGUGCUGCUCUUAGGGGCUUUUCCCCAAGGAGGGAGAAGGGACUGACUGGCUGAGUCAGUCCCUUCUCCUUCCUGUGGGCUUUUAUGGGAGAUGGGGGAAUUCCCCCACCUCCCGCAAUAGCAGGGAGAAGGUCUGGGAGAAGUGCACAGGCUGCGUAUUUUUUUCCUUGAUUUCCCCCUCUGAAAACUAGGGGUGCCCUAUGGUCAGGUGCGCCCUAUAGAGCGAAAAAUACGGUACUUACAAAACGAGAACACAAGAAAAGUUAAGACAGUUCGUAAAGUUCUCGGCUGAAUCUGCAUCUCAAGAAGACAACAGGAAUUCUUCAUCACAAAGAACACACAUAUGAAUGACGACUGCCGACAAGGUGGUGAAUCUGGCGGAUGGAUGUUGCCCGCUUGCCGGCUCCUUUCCUAAGGUUUUUAUCCUUAAAACCCCACAUGUAAUCAGACCCCCAAGGACCAAUCAGAAUUUCUAAUUAAUUCAAAAUUUACCAAUGGUCACCGAGUUGGAUAAUAACUCAGCUUGUUUGUACUCAAAACCUUGGGAUCAAAGGGUUCCUCCCAAACUUCUCAGAGACACAGCAGAUCCUCCUUUCUCCUGUAAUGAGGCUUGAUAGCCCUUAUUCACACAGGGACAGCUCUUAGUAACCAGGUGUUAAAUCACCACUAAUCAACUGGAAGUUUUCCUUCCUGCAGAUGCAUGAGAUAAGUAUUCACACUCCCAGAGCCAGUUAGUCUACAGUUUUAAAGCAACAGACAUAUAUUUCCCAUAAAUCAUUUGGCCUUUGGUUUUCCCACAGUGCUUUUCUUCAGCUUGACCAAAGUUUGCCUACUGAAAGUUCCUAACUUCACUACACCAUAUUUUAUUAUAAUUACAGUAUUCACUUAUCACCUGCCCUUCACCCUACUGCCCCGGGUCUGCUGCAGCAUUAAAACACAAUAUUAAAAACAGGAACACCAUUUCAGAUAAAAUCACAGUGGACUUUGCUACCAAACUCUGCUAUUUUGUCCUCACCCACAACCACUUCAAAUUUGGAGAUGACCUGUUCCUCCAGAUCAGCAGCACAGCAAUGGGCACCCGCAUGGCCCCCCAGUAUGCCAACAUCUUCAUGGCAGAUUUGGAACAACGCUUCCUAAACUCCUACCCACUCAAACCUCUCUUGUACCUAUGAUACACUGACAAUUUUUUUAUUAUCUGGACACAUGGUCAGCAGACCCUGGACACCUUCCACCAGACAUUCAGUGACCUGGUCUAUGCAAGAAAUAUAUUUUCUGGACACUACUAUAAAAAUACAGGAUGGGUGCAUAGACACCACCUUAUACUGAAAACCAACUGACCGACAAACAUAUCUACAUGCUUCCAGCUACCAUCCCAAACAUACCAAACAAUCAAUUGUAUAUAGCCAGGCUCUAUGAUACAGCUGCAUCUGUUCCAACUCUACAGACACGGAUUCUCACCUAAGAGAUCUACAGCAAACCUUUUUGGAACUAAAAUACCCGCCUGAUGAAGUCGAACAGAUUUGUUGAACAGAUUAAAAAAAAGCCAGACUGAAAGCUAGAGAGAACUCGCUGCAAGACAGACCCAAAAGAGAAAAUAACAGAACACCACUAGUUAUCAUAUACAGCUCCCAAGUUAAAACAGUUCAACUCAUCAUCAGAGAUUUGCAACCUCUCCUAGACAACAACAGUUCUCUUUCUCAAGCUCUGGGAGGAAAGACCUUUCAUUGCCUACAGACAGCCACCCAAUCUUAAACAACUCCUCACCCACAAUAAUACAGCAACCAGGCUUAACAUGGACACUGGUACCAGAGCCUGCAAUAAACCUAGAUGCCAACUUUGCUGCCACAUAAACCCAGACAACACCAUUACUGGACCCAACAACAUCAAACAUACCAUCUCAGGACUAUUUACUUGCUCAUCUUCCAACAUUGCGUAUGCCACCAAAUGCCAGCACGCCCUACAUGCCCUAUAUUGGACAAACAGGCCAAACCCUAACCAAAUCUGACACCAGGAAUCACAAGACAGAGAAGCCAGUAGGAGAACACUUCAACCUCCCAGGACAUUCAAUACAGGAACUCAAAGCAGCUGUCUUAUUAUAAAAUAAUUUCAGAAAUAGACUUGAAAGAGAAGUUACUGAAUUACAACUUAUUACUAAACAUGGACCAUAAAGAAGGCUAAUCGCCAAAGAAUUGAUGCUUUUGAAUUAUGGUGCUGGAGGAGACUCUUGAGAGUCCCAUGGACUGCAAGAAGAUCAAACAUAUCCAUUCUUCAGGAAAUCAGCCCUGAGUGCUCACUGGAAGGACAGAUCGUGAAGCUGAGACUCCAAGACUUUGGCCACCUCAUGAAAAGAGAAGACUCCCUGGAAAAGACCCUGAUGCUGGGAAAGAUUGAGGGCACAGGGAGACGGGGACGACAGAGGACGAGAUGGUUGGACAGUGUUUCUCCAAGCUACAAACAUGAGUCUGACCAAACUGCAGGAGGCAGUGGAAGACAGGAGUGCCUGGCGUGCUCUGGUCCAUGGGGUCACGAAGAGUCGGACACGACUAAACAACAACAACUAAACAUGGGUGGCACUGUGGUCUAAACCACAGAGCCUACGGCUUGCUGAUCAGAAGGUCAGCAGUUCGAAUCCCCGCGAUGGAGUGAGCUCCUGUUGUUCGGUCCCAGCUCCUAGCAGUUCAAAAGCACGUCAAAGUGCAAGUAGAUAAAUAGGUACUGCUCCGGUGGGAAGGUAAACGGCAUUUCCAUGCGCUGUCUGGUGACUUCUGUUUCAGUGUAUCUCAAGAAGUGUGCAUGCACACGAAAGCUUUUACCCAGAACAAACUUAGUUGUUCUCUAAGGUGCUGCUGGACAAUUUUUUAAUUUAUUAUUAUUAAAACAGUUUAAAAGAACAACUUGAAGCCAUAAAAGUAAGGCCUGUCCUCAGGUGCCCAAGGCCAGGGUGAGAAGCCGUCUGCAGCAUCCUCCAGAAUCUGUCGCUGUGAAGGCACCAGACUCACUUCUGUGGGUCCCACAGUUCAGGGGCCACCACAGAGAAGGCCCUUUCCCAGCCCGCUCCCACUCCCUGGAGCCAGUGAGGGUGGGAGAAUUCACCACCCCUGGGAGAGCAAGCCUAUGCGUUCAGUGGGCUUUUUGGGGUAUUGCAGGAUUGUAUUUCAGACCUCUUCUAUAUCAUAUUCUCUUCUCUGCCAUUCUUCUCCUAGGACAGGGCUGGGGAACCUCUGGCCUUCCAGAUGGUUGUGGCCUCCCAUCAGCCCAAGCCAGCAUGCUUAGUGGUCAGGGAGGAUGGGAAUUCUGGUCCAGCAACAUCUGAAGCAGUUCCCCACCCAUCUAAGGUUGACAGUUUGUAAAGAAGGGUAGGACGUAGGUAUUUCCAACCACAUAUUCUCUUGGCAUCUUGCUAAUGUAAACAGUGACAUGCUGGUGAAUUAAUAGAAUUAAUAGAGGUAGAGGGUAUCCUAGUGGCCAUCCAGUCUGGCCCCUUUCUUCAAUGCAGGAAUCCUGCGACUGCAGCAUCCCAGACACGAGGCCAUCCAGCCAAGGAGAGGCUCCCCAACCCUGACUGUUAGGAGCUGGAUUGGUCUUACUCCCAGGUAAGUAGGGUUAGGGGUAGGAUCAUUGCUUUUAUAAUGGUGCAAUUGGGUAAGCUUAAGCUCUGGGUUUGAUGGGGUGUAUCCAAAUACCUUAGAUCAUGAUACCCAUUUAUGCCAAUGGGCCUCUUCUAAGUACAACUAGCAUUGGAUGCAGCCCAAUGAACUUAGAUGGUGGCUUUUCAACUGUGAUCUGUGUUAUGUCAGCUCCCAGCCCUGCUGCCUUUGUGGGGGCUUUUCUACCCCUGCUGCCACCUGGGGCAGGGGCCUGCCCCAAAGUCCUAUACUCAGGAAAGACCAGGAGGCAGGAAAAGUCAUGGUUUCCUGAAGUGAGGCAACAUUCUGUUGGCACAUGGGAAGCGUCGAGAGUAUGCAGAAUCUUGCUGAAUCUUUUUGUCUAGACACUUAUUUUUGACAUUUAGCUGCUUAUUUUUGGAAUAGUUUCAUUUUGUUCUCCUUCAGACUGGCGGAGGAAGGAUUUGAGGAGCAAAUUAAGCUUGUCUACGUAGGGAUUUGGGGGCUGGAUUAAUUUGGAAUUGGUCUGAUUAUCUGCUUUCUGUUCACUGAAAAAACCCCAAGUCCCUGUGAAGAUAACAAGAGUUGGAAUAAAGACAGACAAGAUUCAAUCCAGAGAAGAUUUGGCUGAAGAAAGUAGCUGGAGAGGAGAGCCUAAUGCCCAAGAAUUUUUAACCAGGUCAGGAAGGGUGUUGCCCCAAAUGAGACUGAAGGGCAGCCAAGAUUGGGCAGAACAUCCUCCACGGAAGAAAAUAAGGACGUCCUCCUGGCACUCCUGUUCCCACACCAAGGAUCACUCUGCAAGCCCCAUUCUCUUCACAGUUAAACCUAAUUGAAGGCUUGGUGGCUUUGCUGUGCCUCCACAAUGGAAGGCAGACAGGCUUCUGAACCCCAGGUGCUGGAAGCCGCAGGAGGGGAGAGUUGCUCUGGUGCUCAGAUCCCGCUUGCGGGUUUCCUUUGGAGGCAUCUGGCUGGCCCCUGUGAGAACAGGCGAGUGGACAAGGUGGGGCAUCCACAAGACUGCAUCAUAAGAUGGCAAUCUUUUCUUAUUUGUGAGUUAAGUACUUGGGAAUAAGUACCAUCAAACUCAGAGGAUCGUGCUGCACAGUUACCUGGUUUGCAGUCUUCAAAAUCUAACUACCUAAUACCAAUAAUUUCGAGACAGAAUAAAUUCGCUGGUGCAAAUGCAGAUGCCAUGGCAAUAGUGGCACAAGUUUUGCAAGCAGAUGUGAACGGGUGCAUGCAGUGAGAAAGUACAAAACCCAAUCAGUACAUUGCAAAUGACAGCAGGUGGACUGGUUUCUGCACUCUUCCAAUGCUAUCCCUUCUUUUUGUGCCCAGAAGAUGCGGUUUUAUGCCUGAGUAAGUCCAAAGGGUGGCCACUGUGCAGCAGCGAGAGCAGAAGGCAGUCCGCUGUGCCUGCCUCGUGUAUUAGGCAGUCCAUCUGAAUUAUUUAUUGCCAAAAACUGGGUUAUUUCUUCAUUUGCAUUACCGUGAGGUGGCAGCUGGAUAGUGAGGACUCUUGGCUUCAUUCUUUAUAGAUUCAGAAUCUUGCGAACACGAGGAGAGUCCUGCUGAAGUCCGUAGUGGCUAACGGGGUGCCUCUUGCUUGCUUGGGGGCUGGCCCAAGACAGCUUGGCAGAUUCUAUGAUUUUGUUGCCUGAAGCAAAGGAUAAGAUGGUGCCUUCCUCUCCUUCUGCAUGCAUCUUCUUACGAGACCAGCAGUUAAAUUUUAUUUGUGAUUAUGGGGCAACAUCUUCCACUGUACCUGAGGGUUGCAGACUUGCUUAGGGGCCCCAGAGCAAGCUACUUGAGGAGACCCUGGGAAAAUGGAGAUGGCUACGGCCCCCAGAUUCUCAUUCUGUCUAAUGGUAGUGCCAGCCUUGUUCUUGGCCUUGUCUUAUACCAAUAGUCCUUUUCACUCGGGUGGCAUUGAUGUUAGCCAGCCUUCCAAGCUUGGUGGUUGAAUCUCCCCCCAGUUAUAAGUCAUGGUAAUCUGAGCAAAUAAAGAACCAUCUCCCUAUCUCAUGCUUCUUUAAUAUACCCCAAAAGAGCAUGAGAGAUGUUUCCUGUAAGAGCUUCAUCCAUUUCCAUAUAUCUGGUGAUAUUUCUGGGCUGUGUGUGCUUAAAGAAAUACUAGAAAAUAUAUUGGCAUGCUCACCCCACUUCUCCUAGCUAGCUAGGAGAUUAAUUAAUCAAUUAACUGCUUGAUUGUAAAAAAAACAAAAAAAGCAGUUUACAGAAAAGAUAUGUUUGAGCAGACCACAUAUAGGAUUCCACUGUUAGUAAACUUUAGAUCAACCACAGUUUUCUAGUUUAGAUGCAACAGGAAACUAUAGUUAACUGUAGCUUCCUGGCUUUUUUGCUUGCGUGGGCAAAUGCACAAAGCUUGUUUAUAUCAAAGGUUAUUGAUAUGACAAUCCAAAUGUGGCCCCUCUCUGACUUUCCCAGUUUGUCUUGCUUGAGGUCAAACUGCACUUUUAAUUAUUUAUUUCCACACUUAAGAACUAGAUUGCAUCAUGCUUAGCUUGGAGAAGGGGGACAGUGAUUUUAAGGAAGAUAUAAGGAAGUCAAGAAGUCAAAGCAAGAUCAGAACACAGAGCAGUCAUUUUGCAACCUUCUGGUUCCAAAAUUAACUUAAGCCAACAAGAAACCCUGACCUGUUAAGGCCAUGGUAAAUAUUGUGGUAAUCAUUACUACCUUGGAAUGUGAGACAGUUUAUUUGAGAUGGUUAGGUAGAACUGAAAUGGUUUGCAUUAGCGUAAAAUAAGAAUCAGGACGACUGAGAGCAGGUUUAGGCACCAGUAAAAAAAAAUCAAAAAUGGGCCCCUCAGCAAGGGCGGAAUGGCUAAUUUUUAUUUUUUUUACAAGGCUAUAAAAUAAAUGUGCAAUUUUAUUUUUAUGUUAAGAAUAGAUAUGGUAAUAUUUGUACUUGUUGAGAAUAUUAAGAUCCUAAUGACUAAUAUCAAUAAUAUCAACACCCCCAUGAUUGUAGUCAAACAAACCUUAUACUUUAAAUGUUAAACUUGUACAUGUAACACAACACAAUGUGCACUAUACAACUUUGUUGCAUUUGCACAGUGUUCACUUAGAAAAACAUACAAAUGCAACUGUGCAUAGUAAGAUGUGUCUGGGCUGUCACACUGUCAAAGUGCAGAAUCAAAUAUCUGUAUAGAGUUGAAAAUGCUUGGUUCACAGCACAAGUUUACAAGAAUGUUACUCAGGAUUGUGCAUGCAUUGGACAUUAACUGUAUAUUCUGUUGAGAAUUACAUAAAACAUGCCAGAUAGUCAGGCACCAGAAAAUUGUACCAGGUCCCCACACCCCGCUCUCAUUGGCCCUGAUAAAAAUGUGCCAGGUAUCCACUUGCAAUGUUUCUCAACCUUGGGUCCCCAGCUGUUGCUGGACUACAACUCCCAUCAUCCCUAGCUAGCAGGACCAGUGGUAGGAGAUGAUGAGAGUUGUCGUCCAACAACAGUUGGGGACCCAAAUUUGAGAAACGCUGAUAGAGGGAUUAAUACCCAGUUUAUUCUGCAGCCACUGAGCGUGCUCAGUCCUCAUUGGACUGUUUUCAGACUGUGUUCUCAUUUCUGCUUCUGUAAACCUCAGAUUUCCCUUGGGCCUGGGUGUUCAUCAGUUUUGUUGAAUUAAUUAAACUAAAUAGCUUUAAUUGGAUUUUGAAUAAAUGUGCAAUUAAUUGUUACUGGUCUGAAUUUUACUGUGUUAAUAUCUUCCUUAGUGGGUCAUGCAAACUGCUAUUCUGAAUGAUGCUUUUAUAGGGUUUGAUAGGGGGCACUGGGAUGAACCAAAGGGGUGGGGGGGUCGCCCAAAAUGAAGUUGGGAACCACUGGUUUAAAAUAACUGUGCAUUCAUAAAAUCACAUCCAAAGCAAACGGUGCCUUUUAAAAGGGGAGACCGAGGAUUAUGAGUGGGGUACCCUCCAUCUAAUGGUGUUGCCUUUGCCUGCUGUCUCUCUCUGCCCCGCUCCCCCCGGGCAGGUGCCUUUGCCAAGGUGAAGGAGAGCCAGAGGAUGAGCGACGAGGGGAAGAUGGACCAGGAGGAGGCAGACGGGAUCCGCAAGCGCUGCCGCGUGGUGGGCUUUGCCUUGCAGGCGGAGAUGAACCAUUUCCACGAGAGGCGCAUCUUGGACUUCAAGAGGAUGAUGCAGUCAUACCUCAAGCAACAGAUCAUCUUCUACCAGAGAGUCAGUCAGCAGCUGGAGAAGACCUUGCGGAUGUAUGACAGCCUCUAGUACCUCCUGGCUCUCAUUUGCCUGGCAGGAGGAUGAGCUGGGCUUGCAUUUUCCUCUGUGCCUGGACAAGAGUACAUCUGGGCAUGAGAAGUGUGCCUUCCUACCAUACAGCCAGGCUUGUACUUUUAAGGGGGUUUAGGAAUGGGAGGGUGAGGUGGAGGCCUCAUUGCCAGGUGGACGUGGGUGCCUUCAAGGCCCCUCAGUAUGCACACAAUCAAAAAGGGAAGCUUGCAGCACCAGCAACCCAACUCCAUGUUGUAGCUUCUCUCUUCGUCCGAACUGAGAGGCAAAACGGCAUUCCAGCGAACACACCAUCCUGUCUUCCUCUGCUCAGGGUUUGCUGGCUUCCCAAUCUGCAUUGUUUACAGAGGAAGUGAGAAAAUAUGUUUUGUAGACGAAUUGGAAACAGAACUUUUGUCAUCUUGGAGUUUAUUAUUUGUUUUCUGCUGCUUCUCAGGCUUGAUCUUCUAGAGUUUUCUCAUCCUAAUUGUGCCCAGUUCCCCACUGAAUUGGUGAAUGAGAUCAGGGUUGUUUGCUGCUUAUCACAACAGUACUUUCUAGAUAGGUUGUGGUGAGCUUAAAUAAGUGUUUUUUUUAAAGGCAGAGGGAUUGGAAUGUAAAUUUUGGUGCAACAGAAUGGAUCUUUUUGGGAAAUCACACAAACACACAAGGUAUCAGCACCUUUGUAUUUUUUUUCUAAACUGUCCACAGAGAUAACUACAGGAUUAUUAUUUUUUGUAUUCUAAAAUCAAAACAAUACUUGGGAACCACAAUUUUUAUGUUCUGCUUGGUUUGUUACUUAAAGUGUAUUUUGGGGCAAAAUUCAAAGGGUCUGUUGUAUCGUCAUUAAUUAGUUUUUAAAAAUGGGUGCAGGAGCUUUUGUUUAUGGUGAACUGGGGCAAAGGAUGGUCUGAAAAAGGCUCAGACAUGUUGACAUGCUGCGUUGCCUUGGCAGAGGGAGGCUGCACGGGGGGGGGGGGGAAUCCCAUUUGACUCUUUGUACUCAGGCUAGUGAUAUGAAAGGGUGGGUGGCCCCUAUUUCUAUCCUGCUCUUCCCCCUCACUUCCCAGGAGCUGCCAGCCUGUGGCUGGAAAUGCAACCAGCACAAGCCCUGGCUGAGGAGCCUUUGCUCAUAGUCUGGGGACGAGACUCGCUCUUGACAUCUUGAAGAUCAUAACGCACUCCCUGAACUCGGGAUGUUGAGCCCAUUCUGGACAAGCUCCCGAGGGCCACAUUUCAGGGGUGGGCGGAGCCAAAGGCAACAGUGGGCAGAGGAAACAUGAGGCUGGUUUCUACACACUCCUCUUUUAUCCUCCACCCAAAGAAGUAAGAGGCAACAUGGGAGUUCCAGGAUGCAAUACAUGCAGGAAGGCGGGGGGGGGGGGGGCUAAGAGAAGGGGGCAGGGCUGGGGAGAAUCCCAUGUGUCAGAUAAGUUCCCCACCCACAUCAAAGCAUGCACAUUGAUGCACAGGGAUUACAUGACCCUUUGAUUCCCUUCCAACUCUGUAUAAUUCUAUGAUUCUGUGAACUUUUUCAGGGUUCCUGAGAGCAUGAAAUGAGCUGGAGACACACAGUCUGAUCUGAGCUUCAGCCGAACACCAUGCAUGCCUCUCCCUGCCCCCAUGUCAUCAAUGCACAUUCUACAGCUUCUAAGAGGCACUUGGACAUACUGAAAUGCCUUGUAAUGAGAAAGGCUUUUGGUCCCUGUGGCCCAGUAUUGUGGACUCUGAUUGGUAGGGUCUCCAUAAGGGCAGUAGCUCCGUGGUGGAGUGUCUGCCUUGCCUGUCCAAGGUGCCAGGUUCAAUCUCCAGCAUCUCCAGGUUGGACCAAGGAUGCCUCCUGUCAGAAACCCUGGAGAGCUGCUGCCAAUCAGUGUUGACAAUAUUGAGCUAGAUAGACCAAUGGCCUGACUUGGUAUAAGGCCAUUUCGUAUAUUCUCAUUAAAGAGUGGUCAUUUCCAGCUGUCCCACUUGAGAGCCAUCUAACUCGGAGAGCCUUUGGCCUUGACAGUGCCUGGGGCUGAUGGAUUUGAGAGUCACAGGUUCGCUGUCCAGAUGUGCUUGGACUCAAAUCCAUCAGUCCCAGCCAGCAUGACCAGGGAUGACAGGAGUUGUAAUUCAGCAGUUACUGGAAGGCUGCAGGUUAGCCACCCCUGUUCUAACUGCAAAUGAUUGAACCUGGGGCUCUGCAUGCAGAGCAUGUGCUUUAUUGCCAGGCCAGAUGGUACUCCUGUAACCACCUUUUGCAUUUCCUGUGGCUCACCAAGCAUAGUCAUGCAUAUUCAAGUGUGUGUUUUCUCACCCUUGCAGAAGCUGUUGCAGCAUCUGAAUCCUCCCCAAAUGUGGAUUCUGAGCAGGUGUGGUCAGUAAGAAAGUGGGAGGGGCAGAGAGGGGUGGGGGAAAAGAGGACAUAUUUGCAAAUACUUUGGAAAGGGGAAACAGAGGCAGAUAGGUAUGUCUGUGUCAACCUUGAUUAGCAAGCCUGGACUUGACAUGAAGAGAUUUCAGAACAGAAAGGAUUUGGCAGCAGUGAUGGGAGGCCUCCGGCCAGAUAGGGGUGCCCUGCAGUCACACCCAGCCGAUGAACCAGAGAUUCACCUUCCUCGCUGCAGUGGAUUGGGAAGCAGGUCCUUGCUGCGGGAACAAUGAUGUCGAAGUUAAGGAGUGUCCCUGUUUUCAUUUGCAAAAAGUUGAAAGUCCGAGUCACAUGGGCAGGUGGGGUGGGAGUGGGCGAAUGCAGGAAAGGGAGCAACGACAGGAGCAAAGAGCUACGGAUGGAGCGUGACCUCUUGUUAUUCAAAGCUACUUCACAAUUGUGCCUACAAGACAGGAUUCUGAGAAGAGGGGUGGAUGUCCAUGUCCGUAGGUAUAAAUUGCUUCCAGGCAGGCGCCUUUCCUUGGCUGAUUGGGAGGAUGUCAAAGUUAGUGGAGUUAGUUACUGUCAACACUUGCUGGCUGAUAGAUUGGCCUGGUGCGUGGGCUUUGUUUUCUCAGGGAAAUAUUGAGAAUAAAUUACAGCAUAGAAAGGAAACCAGGCCUGGCUUGGACUUACUCCAGAGUUUCUCGCGGUACCAGAAUGUUGUUUUAAGCCUUGAGUCAGUAACUCCUGCUGCUGAAAAAUGCAGAGAAGCAACAAGUAAUUUGCUUACCAAUGUUCUUAUGUCAGCAUUGUGAUUUUCAUGUCAUUUUCAUAAACCAGGCAGACCCAAUGUGCACCAGUUCUGCAACAUGAAUUUCCUGUCCCAGUCAAAAUACCACACAGCCCUGGCACAGUGCUUAUGCCUAGACCUCUGACGCAUGAGGCCUCUGGAACAACAAGCUUCCGUCUACUUGUGCUCCUGUUUCAGAUCAUUUAGCCCGUUCCGAAAGAAGAGUUUCAAACUUCUGUAAUCAUGAGAACUAGACACUUAAGCCAGCAAACAAACCUCAGAUCGUCUCGCACACUUUGAUUGCACACUUUGGAUUCUAAGACAGUGAUGGGCAGCCUCUGGCAGAGGCAGAUUUAGGUUCAGUUGCACUGGGCACAGAAUCUCAUGGGGCCACAAUUAUGAUGUAGAAUGGAAGACUAGAGGCUGGGGUGCCAAAUUUUGGCAUCGCACACACGGCACCACUGAAAUUUGAGACCCUGAGGUCUGCCACUGCCCAUGGCUCUUUGGAUGUUGCUGCAAUGCAACACCCAUCAUCCCUCACAAAUGUUCCUGGGUUGCUCUGCUACUUUUGCCUGGCAUGUGGCCCCUGGAAAGUUGUCCAGAAGGCAGUGUGACCCUCAAUCUGAACCCCCACCCCAUCCCUGGUAUAGGAUGAUGUUGGUCUCCAGGAUCCUCAAGUCUGAGCCAGCAUGGGCAAUGGUCAGGAAUGAUGGGAGUCCAACAACACGAUGGGUAUACAGGGUAUUCUGUGUUUUUGUUUCAUAUGUUUAUGUUGUGAACCACCCUGUGAUCUUCGGAUGAAGGGCGGUAUACAAAUUUAAUAAAUAAUGAUGAU